AUGAAGAACCCCUUUUACUCCACCGGCGAUGAGAAGCAUCCACACUCCCCGGCCGAGGCGGACUCUCCGAUCGAGCCGGUUGGUCGCGGCGGCGAGCCUCCCGUGGUCGACGCCGCACACGAUGAUCUUCAUCGUGGAAUGAAGCCGCGGCAGUUGAAUAUGAUGGCUAUUGCUGGUGCCAUCGGAACAGGUCUCAUUCUCGGCUCUGCAUCUGCCCUCAAGAACGGCGGUCCCGGCUCCCUGUUGAUCGCCUAUAUGUUGAUGGGCUGGGUUGUGUACGUGGUCAUGGUGGCGCUCGGCGAGAUGGGCACAUGGCUGCCCCAUAAGAAGUCAUUCUCCGGCUAUGCAACCCGCUUCGUCGACCCGGCCAUGGGCUAUGCCACUGGAUGGAACUACUUUCUCAAAUACGUCAUCGUCCUGCCAAACAACCUCACGGCCACGGGUAUCCUGCUCAGAUAUUGGGCUCCUCACAUCAACGUGGGAGUUUGGAUUACUGUUUUUGGCGUGCUGAUCAUCGCGUUGAACCUUAUUCAUGUCAAGUUCUUUGGUGAGGCAGAGUUCUGGAUGUCUCUGAUCAAGGCGCUCGUCAUCGUCAUGCUCAUCUUCCUCUGCUUGAUCAUUGCCCUCGGCGGCGGUCCCAACGGCUUCAGGUCUGGCUUCUACUACUGGCAAAACCCUGGCCCGUUUGUGCAGUACAACGACAUCCCGGGUGCCACCGGGCGCUUCCUCGGCGUCUGGGCCUCCAUGGUUCAGGCUACCUUUGCCUACCUCGGCACCGAGCUGGUCGGUGUCGCGUUUGGAGAGACGCCCAACCCCCGGAAGAACGUCCCCAAGGCCGUCCGCCAGACCCUGAUGCGUAUCAUCUUCUUCUACCUCGGAGGUGUCAUUGUGCUUGGCAUGGCCGUGCCCAGCAACAACAAGGACCUUCUCGAUGCCACCAAGAAGGGAGUCAGCGGAGAGGCUUCCCCAUUCGUCGUCGCCGCCAAGCUCUCGGGCAUCGACAAGCUCGACCAGGCCGUCAACGGUCUCCUCCUCGUCUUCACGCUCUCGGCCGCCAACUCGGACAUCUACCUCGCCGCUCGGUCCUGCUGGGCCCUCGCCAAGGACGGGCAGGCCUUCCGCAUGUUUGGAAAGACCAACGCGCGCGGGGUGCCCAUCCCGGCCGUGGUCCUGUCGUCGCUCUUCAUCGUGCUCGGCUACAUGAACGUGACGACGGACGCGGCCAAGGUGUUUGGCUACUUUGUGUCGAUGGUGACGGUGUUUGGCGCCCUCAACUGGGUCGCCGUCCUCGUCAGCUACAUUGCCAUGGUCAGGGGUAUGAAGGCGCAGGGCAUCCCGCGCAGCGUUCUGCCCUACCGCAACCCGCUGCUGCCCUGGGGCGCGUACAUUGCGCUCUUCGUCACGGUGCUCAUCAUCAUCUUCAACGGCUUCGCCGCCUUCAUCCCGACGUUCCAGGUCGACAAGUUCAUCACGAGCUACAUUGGCGUCCCCAUCUACAUCAUCAACAUCAUCUUUUGGAAGAUCAAGAACAGAACCAAGAUGGUCAAGCCGCACGAGAUGGACUUGAUUACCGACAGGAGGGAGUAA